CGUUGUAGACACCGUUACCCGCAAUAUUAUUACCUUUCUUAAUUAAUUAAUUAAUCAAUCCGUUCUGUCGUUUGUUGAACCUACUCCUUCAUACUUAUCAACACAUGUAUACACAUAUCUCCAUAUAUCUGUAUACACUGUAACCGGGAUUAUAGUAAUCACAGAAGCGAGCAACGUUUCGUCGUCCUCUGCCUCGUUUCUGUCGCGAGUUUUAUUGGAAAAUUACGUUCUCCUUGGUCCCUCCAUUCCCCUAGAAUUUUCCUUUCAACUCAAUACCGAAACAGAAAAAAAUCAUUAUCACCCCCGUUAUCCCUCCCCACCCUGAAACGAAAACACGCAAAAAGUAUAGAUAUACAUUGAGAGCCGUAUCACGCCGCUCGCGGGUCUGUAUAUUCACCAAAAAUAUUUCUUCUCCUUGUACUUUUCAACGGGAACAAAGAGGAAAGAACAAUACUGCGCACAAAUGUAGUUAUGGUGCUGGCUAUCAUAUAGCUUUAUGAAUUAAUAAAACCAUUGGCUCGUCAGAGCACACGUCAACUGGAAGAUUUUGUGGUGUCUUGUCAAUACUAUUAACAUGAUCAAUUGAUUUACUCAUUUUACCAGUCUUUCCAAUUAGUUUUACUGUAGCAAUCGUUCACGGCGUGAGACGACGUUAUCAUUAGAUUAUUGUUUGGAUAAUUGAGAGAUACCGUUUUUAAAAAUAGUAAAUACCCAUCACUGCGUUCCGUUCUACGCUAGUUCAGCAUCCUCCAACCACUGAUUUUCAUCGUUAACCGAUUUCGUACGUAGUUAGACGAAGAUUGUCAAAACUAGUGCAAUGAUGGCGAAUGGAAUGGAUACGGUUGUGCAACAGAAUGGCGGCUCAAAUCUCGGGCAAACCUCCCAGGAGGAGUCAAAGACGAAUCUCAUCGUCAAUUAUCUGCCACAAACCAUGACCCAGGAGGAGAUACGCUCGCUAUUCUCGAGUAUUGGCGAGGUCGAGAGCUGCAAGCUCAUCCGUGACAAAGUAACUGAGGUCACCACAGCUUUGUCGGUUGCCGGAGAUUCGUUAUCCCCGGGGCAAUUUUCUUUUGGCCAAAGUCUUGGCUACGGUUUCGUGAACUACCAUCGACCUGAGGAUGCUGAGAAAGCUAUCAACACCCUCAAUGGUCUUCGGCUACAAAAUAAGACGAUUAAGGUUUCCUAUGCAAGACCCAGCAGCGAAGCGAUAAAAGGAGCCAAUCUGUACGUCAGCGGUUUGCCAAAAAACAUGACACAGCAGGACCUUGAAAAUCUUUUCAGUCCGUACGGAAGGAUCAUCACGUCACGAAUCCUGUGUGACAACAUCACGGUACGACAGUUUGUGACUGGCGGCGGAGACAAUUUGCCCGGACUGUCAAAAGGUGUCGGAUUCAUUCGAUUCGAUCAACGUGUGGAAGCUGAACGGGCCAUCCAGGAGCUGAAUGGAACCAUACCGAAGGGCUCGUCUGAACCAAUCACCGUCAAGUUUGCCAACAACCCGAGCAACAACAACAAGGCGAUACCACCGAUAGCAGCAUACUUGGCACCACAAGCGAGUCGUCGAUUUGGCGGCCCCAUCCACCAUCCAACCGGCCGCUUCAGGUACAUUCCACUGUCGCCACUAUCCAGCACUGGCAAGGCCAUGCUUGCCAUUAACAAAGGCUUACAGAGGUACAGUCCCCUGGCAGGAGACUUACUGGCAAACUCAAUGCUGCCGGGCAAUGCAAUGAACGGCAGUGGCUGGUGCAUCUUCGUGUACAAUCUCGCCCCCGAGACCGAGGAGAAUGUGCUCUGGCAGUUGUUUGGUCCAUUUGGUGCUGUACAAUCGGUCAAAGUUAUUCGCGAUCUCCAGACCAACAAGUGCAAGGGCUUUGGCUUCGUAACAAUGACGAAUUACGAGGAGGCCGUUGUUGCAAUACAGAGUUUGAAUGGCUAUAAUCUCGGCACACGAGUACUUCAGGUCAGCUUCAAGACGAAUAAGAGCAAGGCAGCGUAGGACACGGACGAUCAUCACACAACAGCCGCUGUCACGGAUGAUGAUCUGUGGCGGCGUCUUGCCGCUGUUAAGGACUACUGGGACGAAAUGGCUGUUCUCAUAACGGGCAGAAAUCACAGACGAAGCGCUGAUCCUGUUACGAGACAACGUCAACAAAUUCAGCAAUUGCAAUUUCAUCCGACUACCCAGCAGUAUCAGUAUCAGCAGCAUCGUACAUUUGGAUCGUUGAUGAGUAAACCCGUUGUGGCAGCACACAAUGCCAGUAAAAGAGUCCAGCAGCAGAUUAUGAAAAUGGAUAAGACGUAGUUUGAUUAAGGGAUACAACAAAAAAAUAUGAGUAUUAGGAACGCAUGAUUUAUCACGUUGUUUUGGAUGAAUGGGAGGGAGAGAAUGUGGGGGGGGCCUCGUCGUUAGUGAAUUUUCUCUCCAAUUGAAUUGGGAUUUUGGAAUUUUCCAUUCGAAAUUAUUGAGGGAGUGCUCACUUUUUUCGCUGGAUUCGAAUAGAAAUGGAACGACCGAUCUUGGUAAAAGAGGGAGAAGCAGUCAUGAACGAUGAGACGAAUGUGCGUGUGUUAUGAUAAGCGAGACAGGGGUAUUACAAAGAAUGAUAGAUAGAAACAAAGCGUCUAUUUAAUCCUGUGGUUACUUGCUGCCUGCGUAUUUUGUACAUACAUUAUGAUUUAUGUACAUGUACCUAUUGGUAAAACAAAGGAUAAAGGAAUAUCGAGGGUCAAAUAACCAUAGAGUUGGAGAGAUUUUACCAAAAAAAAAAAACAAUUCAGAAGGCUGAGGAUUAUUCAUGAGGGAAAAGGAUACUGUGACUCCUCUUGUAACAUACUUAGUGUUAUGUUCAGCAGAGGGCAUGUGGGGGAGGUUUUCUCGCCAUUGUCUUUGAUUCUGAUAUAAAUUUGUAAACCUAAAUUUAGAUAAUAUGACGAUUUUAAUGACAUCGAAGCUGAAACUAAAUUGAUGAAGAAAAAAAUUGUGCAAACGAUAAUCGGCGUUUUCCCACAUUCCUUCAGCCAGGACAUGAUAGCCCAGUUAUACAUACUCGUUUAUGUAUAAGUUUUAGAAUAUUGUACUUUAACAUAACUUUAAGAAUGGAAAAUAUGAAAAUAUACAGAGAGAAAAAGAUUGAGUGGAAGACGAGACAAAUCUAGAAAUUGAAAGGGAAAAAAUAAUAACUAGAGUCACUCCAUACCGUGGACCAAAAAAUUAUGAAAAUCAAUCAAAUAUUUCUCCCUUAAUUGCAACGAAAUGUUUGUUUGAUUGGAAGAAAUUUUUUAGUCAAUAGCUGAUGACGAUUCACGGGUGGUAUUUUACACUCACGAUAUAUGAAAAUGAGGGAAAAAAAAUCUAUGAAUUUAUUAAUUAAGCAAAAUGAACACAAGUUGAGGCAAACGAAAUGAAAUAACUUGAUAUAAUGUUUAGAUAUGUUUGGGUCGGGGCUCGCACAUAGAUGAUUUAGGUGAGAAGAACCGAGUGAAAAGUACUAAGAGAGAGAGAGAGAGAGAGAGAGAGAGAGAG